GCGUCGGGAGCCGCUUCUCUGGCAAACUGUAUUGAUUAUGGCUUGGAUUACCAAUAAGAAGAACCAUUUCCGUGCAGUGAGUUGGAUGUAAAGAAUUAUAGGACAGUAACUCAGUGUUUUCCAUUUUGGGGAUUUUAUUUUGAAAGAAGUUGCCUAGAAAGCGAGGAUACUUUAUGGCAUUUAACCAUUCUUUAUAGCCCAUCGAUACAAUAUUCCCGCACUAUUGCUAUAGGAUAUUCCACAGGUGUUAUCCCUCUAAGAGUUAUCAGAGGGACAGUAUUUCCUAAAGGAAGGACGUUUGCCCGGCUCCAGCCAUGCAGCAGGAGCACUUGUAUAAAGUCCUGGUCGUUGGAGACUUGGGAGUCGGUAAAACCUCCAUCAUCAAGCGCUACGUCCACCAGAUCUUCUCCCAGCACUACCGCGCCACCAUCGGGGUGGACUUCGCUCUCAAGGUGCUGCACUGGGACGACGACACCGUGAUCCGGCUGCAGCUGUGGGACAUAGCCGGACAGGAGAGGUAUGGGAACAUGACCCGUGUCUAUUACCGGGAGGCCGUGGGCGCGCUGGUGGUGUUUGACGUGACGAGGGCCUCCACAUUCGACGCUGUGCUGAAGUGGAAGGAUGACCUGGACGCCAAGGUGACUGUGAACCAUGGGAAGCCACUUCCAGCCGUAUUGUUGGCCAACAAGUCAGACCAAGUGUCCAUCCAGCAGCCCAAACUAGACUCUUUCUGCAAGGAGAAUGGCUUUGUCGGCUGGUUCGAGACCUCGGCCAAAGAAAACACAAACAUCGAGGAGGCUACACGAUGCCUGGUAGAGCACAUCCUGGCCAACGAGGAGAGCACAGUGACGGGCGGUGACCCUGACUCCCUGGUGCUGUCAGGAUACAGUACCGACAAGGAUCACCUGAGCUGCAGGUCAUGUGUGAGGUCCUAACACCAGGAGGUGAACAGCUGUGAGGCAACAGCUACAGAGUUCACUUCAGCUCAGGGAUUAGUAAAGAAAAUGUAAAACAGGUUAGACCCCCCCCCCCCCCCCCCACCCCACCCCCCACCCCAAACCUUCAGAGGCUACAGCCACA